CACUAGUCCUUCUUAAGAUUAUGCCAUUGAAAUCCACGUCAGUCGGCAAGCCUCACAAUCGAACAAUCAUUCUUCUCUGUAGUUGUCAGUCAUCAGAAUUCAUCGGAGGAAACAAAACGCUAGGAACGCGAUACAGAGAAAACUUUUGGGCAUUUAAGAAACUCUUAUUGAAAACUGACAUUUGGAUAGUAUGUUGUUGCUUCAGUAGGCGUCUUCUUGCUGACAUCGGUACAAGAGGACGAAAGUAGAGGGAAAUCUCUCGAGCUUGAGCUUCUCUCGACGCUCUUCCGAUCUGUCACUACGAUCCCCUUGACAUGGAUACUCACACUCGCCUCUAUAAUCCAGAUAUUCUAGAAAUGAAACCAAUAACUUUCUCAACACCUUGGGAAUCAUGUCAACAAUCAGCAUCCCAAAAUCAGUAAUUCAUGAACAGAUACAUCCUCGGGAACUCCUCUCUACCUGAAAGAUAUGGCUUCAUACCAUGUCUUUAGACACGAAUCUGGCCCACAGGGUGACAACUACCCCUCCUCUCUUGGGACGGAAAGAAGAGGAGACGAGAGGAAUCAGGCUCUAAACUGUACUCAGCUAACGUGCAUCCAUUAGCAGAAGAGAUAUACCUGACAAUUGAAGGGUGAUAUGCAUGCAGUGCACAGAAUCCAGGGUUUGAUGAUCCAUGGGACACAUUCACAGGGUAUUGGUUACUUUGCCGAGCGAUAGGCGAUUCUCUAAGCUGUCCAUCCACAUCACCUGUCCAGACUUACUCUCUUGCACGGGAGGCGGGAUGAGAUAACAUUCUGGAGGCAGGGCGGGACACGAGACGGCGAUCUACCCUGCAAUUGGAGCGAUUUCCACAAGAUCCCAUGGAUCCUUUGAAAGAUCGAAAUACAACUUAACAGUCUUGUCAUCCUGAGAAUAACUCAAUUAGCUCUAAAGCGAUUCCGGGAAAUCCAUACUGCAGAAUUCUGAUCCUGCAACUAUCUUGCAUCCAGCGUUGCGUUCGGAACUCAUCUGAAGCUGUGACUGAACGCAUCAGGGGAACUUCAGAAAUGUCUGCUGACAAGGAUGGUCAAGCAGAAUGGUGCAGGAUCUGGACCAGUGCUGCGAACCAUCUUCUUCAUCUUGCGAAUACGGAGAGCUGCAAAGCAGAGUCAGUUAUUUCCUCGGGCCUCUCUCUCUACUCUGUCCCAUAGGCACUAAAAUCGGUUUGAAAACACUGCCUCCCAACACUAUUUCUUGGCUUCCAAGUAAUUUAGUUACCGGAGGGUAUUACUGUGGCACUUUACAGUGUGUGUUCGUCCAUAGCAUUGAGCCGAAGUCACUGCUUUGAAUAUACAUUCACUGGUUCAAAAAUUC